CGACCGCACGUGAGCUUGCGUUCUCCUCGGCUCGUGCCACAAACGCAGCCUGCCCCGUUUCUGCCAGCUCAGUUCAUGACUUGGAACAUCGCUACGCCGAAUAAGGAGACCUCGUUGUGACUUCCGGGUGAUGACCAUUUCCCACAGCCGCAAAGAGCGGCAGCAGUGCGACAACCAGCUGAAACAGAUGCAGAUGAAUGUCCCGUCUACUUAUAGCCACGAGUGUGAAGACGCGGGCGACGACUCUAUUAUAAAGUGUACCGAGAGCAGCGUCGACGGCUGCAACGUGAUCACCGUGGCGUCGCCUGGCACAGUGCCGCACUUUGCAGGCGUAGCGACUCCUUCCAUCUAUUUCUCUGGGCUACCACGUCCAUUGGGCACUGGCCACUCUUUCGUCGACGAACAUAUCCACUCGGCUGAGAACCACGACAAAGCCAAGCUCGAGUCGCAAGGUGCCUCCAUCCUCCGCAAAUAUGACGUCGAUCUCAUCCAGAAAACCGAGCGUGCCAGACCUCGGCAGUGCAACGAGCCAACCGAAAGAGUAUGUCCAACGGAAAAGAGCACUACAGAAGAGCCGGAACCCGACGUCAGCAACGACGACGAUGCCCUGCUGCACGCAAAAAACGCCGAGCGCUACCGAGACACACAGCUCGACCCCACGACCGUUAUGCACGAUAAGAGGGAAGGCCUUGAGCACGCUCACUGCUGAUACGUAAUUGUGUUCAUCAUGGAGUGCUCACCCUGGCCGUUGUCAUCUUGCCGCAGUGCUCGGUGCGUCUCCAAGAAGAGCACCGCAGCUGUGGGGCUUCCUGGUGACCGCAACUGCUUGCGCCGGCUGUGUGGGCGAGUUCUGCAAGAGGAUGGGAACGUGCACAUGGCAACAGGAACUCUCUCAAGCUAGAUAUCUAGGUGCAGAGUCACCGGCAUGGCUUCGAACCAAGGGCUCGUAUACCAUACUCGAAAUAUUUGUUACUUAGUUUUAUGUUUGUUAUAUAAGUAUAUCGUAUCGUAUUGAAGAAUAAAUAUUGUCUUUCCCAUG